AUGUCUUCACUUUGGGUUAGCAAGAAAAAGAAGGCAGAGCUUAUCGAACUAUGUGAACAGCUUGGGUUACAAGCCGAGGGCCAGCUAAAGAACGACUACGAGAAUAUACUUACUGAAUACCUUAACUCAAAUCGGGCUGGGCUGGAGAGCGACCCUACCUUUGGAGCAUAUUACGACACCCUAUAUUCUAGGCGAUCGCCGACAAAAACCUCUUUACAAACCUCCUCAACUGACGUACCUACGACACGGUCGAGGUGGAGGGCGAGUAAAGAGCGCUUUGCUCGAGAAAGCUCAACUGCUGACUCUACCGGUGAGGAGUCCGGUAUGAGCCCAGCGCCCUCACCUUCCAUGCAUGAACGGACUCUUAGGUCUUCCUCCCGUCAGCUCUCAAGCCGUACACCAAGAACUGUGAGAGCUAUUCAGGAAGUUGUUGAAUCACCUCUUCCACCUACCCCUGCAGCCCUUGCAGAUGCCAUUGAGAGUCGUGUAAACGCUAUGAUGGAUAGUGCGAAGAAGACGAUCGAAAAAGUUGACGUCCAAGAAAAGGCGACAGAGUUGCGCGAUAAGCUAUCGAACGUCGUUUCUGUGAACGCGGUGACAUUGACCUACGAGGCAGUGUUUUUGCUGUAUCAGUUGAUUCCGUUAGUCUAUCUGGUCACAAUUCCUGCUGUUCCUUCCUUAGGAACGGGCGCCCGCAGCUUUCACCUACCGGACUUAUUUGUCCUCCUCACCACCGAGUUCUGGGGCCCUUUCCUUACGUGGCUGACGACAUCAGUCCUGAUACCUCUUGGAAAUGCGUACUUCUUCAACUUGACUGCAACUGCCGCAAAUGUGGCAAGGUCUACUAAACCAUAUGAUCCUACUGCAUCUACAACCCCUGAAGAAUAUAGGACCGAUCCUCUCACAUUUGCUGUGACGAAGGCGCUUGUAGCAUACCUGGUUCACUACAAGGGGUUCAACUUUAUGGGAUUGUUAGGAGAUGAGAGUUUGAAGAUCGUGGGAGCUGGAGUUGGAAGGGACACUCAGCUUAUCGGAUCUGGUAUUGCUGGCUUAGCAGCAAUCUGGGAGUCAAUUUUGAGGAGAUAA